UUUUUUUCUCCAAUCCUCUCAUAAACUCGAGGCCUCUGCACCACUAUAUAAACCUCUCUGAUUGAUUUAUUCUUCAUCCCAAGCUCCAUCCUUCAUUCUCUUCUUCAUUUAUCUUGAUUUGCUUCUAUUAGUCUUUUUUUGGUGUUUCAACUAUGGCCACUGUUGAGGUUGUGUCAGCUACACCAGCACACCAAGAGGAGAUUAAAGAAGAAACUAAUAACAAGGCUGAAGAGACAACCAAAGGAGAAGAGGUAGUCACCACCACCACCGCACCACCACCACCGGUGCCAGCGGAGGCUCCUGUAGAAGAAGCAAAGGAAACAGAGACGGCAGGUGAACCAGAGGAACCCGAAGCUCCGGCAGCUGAAGUUGAGCCUAAGGAGGUGGUGGAAGAGGAUAAAGUGGUGCCUGAAAUAGCAAUUGUAGAGGAGAAAGAAGAGGAGAAGAGUGUUCCAAAGGUGGCACCAGAACCAGCUGAGGAGGAAGAAACUAAGGAAACUACAGAAUCCACCACCGAGGCAUCGGUGCCGGUGCCGGUGCCGGUGCUGGUGCUGGAGCUGGAACCAGAAGCUGUCACUGAAACUCCAAAAGAUGAUAAAGUUGCUGCUGCUGCUGAAGAAGAAAAACCAGUUGAGAAAACUGAGGAAUAAAAACCUAUAUGGAAG